GCAUCUGAGACAUUUUAUUUUUGACGCAUAAAACACUGUGACGUAUUUUCUGUUUUCAUAUCGAGAAAAGUACUCUAUUUUCUGCAUGAUGUACUGUAAUGUAUGUUUCCCACACUAUAUUUUGUUAGAAAUCCAGUAACCGUCAAUAUUCACCUGUAAUCUCCACCUUGCCGCCAGCCGAAUCACUACCUCUCUCUAUCUCGCCACAGGAGAUGUCGCCUCCUCUCCUCUAGUACCGCUCCUCCACUCCCGGGCGCCGCACACCAUGUCUGUGCGCCCGCUGGAGGACGUUUGGGAGGUGCGUGGCCUGCCGGUGGUCGGUGACCCCUCUGACCCGGGUCAGGUCACCGCCUCCGGUCCGCGGGCCGUCUCCUCGUCGGACCUCAGAGCCGCUGCCGACGACGGCGGCGGCGUGGUCGGACGGGUGGCCAUCAUCCGAAAACAGAGGUUCGUACGUCUAGAACAGGAGCGUCGUCGUGAGAUGCGCCUGGUCGAGUCGCGCAUCGAACAGGUGGCAGUGGAGGAGGCGCGGCGGAUGACCAAACUGCUGGGGUACGGCGAGGACGAUCUGGUCCGCUGGAAACGCCGGAUCGAGCCGCAGCACUUCAACACGUACUCGGCGGCAGACUUCACCACCCUGAUGGAAGACCUGCACGCUAUCUACCGGGCAAGGCAGGAGAUCAUAGCUGACUGCUUCAGCCGACAGAUGUCGCUAGAGGCGGAGCGCACGGCGCGCCUCCGGGACGUGUUCAAAAAGUACCAUCCGCUCCUGACCAGGGCGUUUCACAAGAUGCCUGCCGAGGUAGAGGAGCAGCUGGAGCUGGAGGCGGUGGCGCUCAACGAGAUGAUCCUCAGUAACCUGCGCCAGUACGCCGAGCUCCGCUUCAACCGGCUCACUGCUGAGGUGGAGGCUAAGCAGAAGCUCAAGAACCUGUGGAAGGUGCGCCGGGACGCCUGGCGGACGCUCAAUAUACUGCAGGCGGAGAAGCGUCUCUCCGAGUACCUGCGGGCGGCCGCCGUGGAGAGUCACGUGGAGGCGUCUCUGGCAGAGCUGGAGACGUGCAUGGACACCGUGUGGCAACACUACCGGGAGCACGUGACCGGACUGCCAGACCUGUUCCUCAAACACGUCACCGACGAGUCGGUGGAUGAGUGGCAGGACCAGGCGUACGAGAUCCUGAACUCUAUGAGCACCAUGGUGACGGCGCACUGCAAGUCGUACCGGCGACUGUACCUCGACCUGGAGAACGCCUGGUACGAGCAGCUCGACAAGGUCGGAGACGACCUGGUGCACAGAUAA